AUGGCACCCACCAACGACUCAAAACGCUCGUCUAUCGACGUCAAAGUCGGAGUCGAGUUGGAAGAAGCCGCUCCUGUCCGCGACCCUCUCAUCGAACGAUAUGAACUCAUCCGGGAUAAGUCGCCCGAGGAGCUCAAGGCCCUCAGCAAAGCGGUCGUUUCGAAACUCGACUGGAGGUUUUUGCCCAUGGUAUGCGCCAUGCUCAUGAUGAACUACCUCGACCGUAUCAACGUCUCCAACGCCCGGCUGGCUGGUAUGCAGGAAGACCUGCACAUGUCCGACACGAUGUGGUCGGCCGGAAUAUCCAUGUUCUAUGUUGGGUACAUCAUCUCGCAGGUCCCUGCCAACGUCAUCAUCGCUAAGGGCAAGCCGCGCAUCUUGCUCCCGUGCUGCAUGCUGGGGUGGUCUGCCGUGACCAUCUGCAUGCCCGCCGUCACCGCCGGCUGGGGCUUCCUUCUCUGCCGAUUCAUCGUGGGCGUCACGGAAGGGCCGUUCGUGCCCGCCGUGUCCCUCAUGACCUCGUCGUGGUAUACGAAGCACGAGUCCCCUCUUCGGAUGGGGAUUUGGCACGCCGGCAACACCAUUUCGCAGGCGAUUUCCGGUCUCCUCGCCGCCGGCGUCCUCCAGAACAUGGAUAACAUAGCCGGCUUGGCGGCCUGGCAGUGGUUUCUUUUGCUCGAAGGUACGUUGUCGCUGGCUGGCUUGCCGCUGCAGAUGCGGUUGUCAACUUAUCUCAGACGGCUAAACGUGACUUCAGGCAUUGUUAGCAUACUGGUGGCUCUUGUCAGCUUCUGGUUUAUCCCAAACUUUCCCGAAUCGACCGGCACGUACUUCUUUACUGCCGCGGAGUCACAGAUGGCUCAGUACAGACAGGAAGUGUCGGCGGGUGGCCGAUCCGAGGACGAUGAAGGAGACUACUGGGGAGGUGUAUGGAUGGCUCUCAAGGACCCGUUCACCUACUUCUUCUCGGCUAUCCAUUUCUUCCUCAUCAUCGCACAGUCUUACAAGGACUUCUUCCCAUCGAUCCUCGCUACACUUGGCUUCGAUCAAACCACCACGUACCUCAUCCAGGCUCCGCCACCCAUCAUUGCUUUUCUAGUUACGUUGGCGGUGUCUUGGUCUUCCGGACGCAUGCUGGAGCAUGGAUACCACAUCAUAGUCCCCAUGCUGCUCACUCUCGUGGGCUGUGUGGUCAUGAUCACGACUCUCAACGUCGGUGCUCGCUACUUCUGCAUGAUUCUGUUGGUCACUGGCCCUUUCGUUGGUCUCAAUCUCCAAAUCUCCUGGGAGACCACGGUGGUGCCCCGCCCGCGUACCAAGCGAGCGGCUCUGAUUGCCAUUGCCAAUUGUGUAUCUUCGGUUUCCCAUUGGUUCACGCCAUACUUCUUCCUGCGCAACCAAGAACCAUAUUAUCAGACCGGCGGCGGAGCCAUUAUUACUGGUUGCGGCUUGACGGUCAUCUUUGUUCUGAUCACGAAGUGGUACUGUCGCAAGAAGAACAAGGAGUUGGAGGAGCAGGAGAGGCUUGCGGGCGAGCCCAAGGGAUGGAGAUUCGCUUCGUGA